AUCAUGUUCUCUUUCCGGAGUCCAUUGUUCUUCCGCGUUCCUCGACGAACGGCUGCCCGAGUCUCGCAUUCACCAUCCAUCUCACCUACACAGCACAUUGUUUAGCCAUGGACCUAAGCACACCCUCCGACGAGCAGGAAAUCACUUAUCUCAAUGUCUCGAUCGCCUUCACCUUCAUCAUCAUCGACGCCGCCCUUUCCGUGUACUACAACCUCGACAUCGGCGGAAAGCUGGUCUGGGCGGCAUGUAGAUGUGUAGUGCAACUGUCAAUCCUGGGCUUGAUCUUACGCCCCGUCUUUGAAUUGAAUAACCCACUCUUUGUAGCAGGCCUUGUGCUACUCCUCAAUUGCCUUGGUACAAUGGAAGUCGUAAUCAACAAGAGCAAAAAGCGCUUCCAGCACAUGCUCCCCAUCGUCCUCGCCGGCUUGCUAGGCUCAACAGUCCCCGUAUCAAUCAUUGGCGUCCGCUUUGCGCUCGGAGUGGUGCCUUUUUGGACACCGGAGCACUAUGUCCCCAUCGCGGGCAUGCUCAUUGGCAAUGCGAUCUCUGGGAUUGUCGUCGCGACGUCGUACGUGAUGAAAGAGCUACAAGAAAACCGCGACAAAGUGGAGACUUACCUCGCCUUCGGCGCCUCCCGCGCGGAGGCGUGCCGCCCUGUCGUGCUCGAGGCGCUGCGGCUCGCACUGACGCCGACGAUUAACCAGAUGAGUGUCAUCGGCCUCAUCUCCAUCCCGGGCAUGAUGACCGGCGCGCUCCUUGGCGGCGCCCCCGUCGCGCGCGCCUCGCGCCUCCAGAUGAUCAUCAUGUUCCUCCUUUCCGGCAGCGCGGCGCUCAGCGCCCUCAUAACCACCGUUGGCUGCGUUGCUGUGGUGGUGGAUGGGUAUGGGAGGGUGAGGGGGGAGAGGAUCACGACGGGUGCGUCGGUGAGCGACGUUUUGGGAGUUGGAAAGGUUUUCGGGACUAGCACGUCGGAUAUUUCGCGAAGGUUGGUCGAGGUGAGGCAAAGAGCGAGGGAGGCGGUAAUCGGGAUAGUCGCGCGAUUGAGAGGAAACGAGGGAGGGCAGGCGAGGUACGAGCUCCUGGGGUGAGAUACGGCUGGUUAAAUGCAGUCUUACGGUGAACUUUACUGUCAAUGAGUGCAAGAGGCAAG